GUCCAGCAGGUGGCAGUGUUUCAUGCAAUAGGCCUGCAAAUUAAACYUCUUUCAGUUUCAUUUUUUUACUUAAGUUUCAUUUUUCAAUCUCUGGUACGCUUGAAACUUUAAGAGGUUGUGACCUUAAGUUUCGUUUUUCUGUGCGUCAUGAUCAGAGUUUUCUUGUUGAGGUGGAUGAUGAGUAAACAUCACAGGCUGGACGUCAGCUGAGCAGAUAAGAGCUGUUUUUCUUCUUCAUCAAGCAGCAGCUUCAGCCUGCAGCUUCCACGUUACAAACGAUGGAACAACAGAUGUGGACACGCAUUUUUCUGYAUAACAUAGAAACUCUUCAGAGACCAGACACCUGGCGUUUGGAGUUUGAUGAAAACAUUGACCCUAAACAACAGAACUUAGGAUGGAAAAAUUACAUCAGGAGAACAAUUGCAUGGUUCAAAUGCACCACAUGUGGGAGAAGCUGGCCUUCCAACCGGGUGAUGGUGAUCUUCCUCAUGCAGUUGAACAAUGGGCAGGGCACUGUAAAGGUCAGGCCCUUACGUCAMAACUGUAAGAGGUGCCUCAACGCGCCGAUGGAGAAGCCAAACGUGGACGCAGACGCGAUCAAUAACCUCAUGGAGAACCUGAUGGAGAAAAUAAGAAUUAAGUGCUACAAGGAACACCGUGGUGAAACAAACAGGCGUCCUGGUCACCUUGAUGUCCACAGUCCUCAUGAGCCGCAGCACUGUGAGGGCUGUAAGAUGGGAUUUUGUACAAAGGAGUGAGCUAAUCUAAUAAAAGUAUCAUAUGCAUAUAAUAUUACAGAAGCUUUACGAUAUGUAGAAAUACAACUGCUUAAACGCUUUGACCCACAAGCUAAAUGUGUUUAUGAUCUGUGUGAUUACAUAUAAAAAAAACUUUAUUCUGAUUAGUUUGACGUGUAUGUUUAAAAGGCUGAAUCCUGGAAGCGGACACUUAUUUGUUUUAAUAAGGAUGUUGAAGAAAUGUUUCUGCUUUGUAUGUAUGUAUAUUUAUAUAUAUUGUUCUGAGGAGUCUGACACUUUAAGAAGAAUGUCACACACAAGGAAAUUUUGGUUAUUUGUAAUAAUAUAUUUUAUUUAACUGGCAAAUCCCUUAAUCAUUGCCUAACUUUAUUUUUGUCCCUGUCAUAGGAACAAAUGUGCAACUUUGGGGGACAACUAAAUUACAUAUUUUUGUUCUAAACUACUUGUUUACUCAGAGUUUGAGUUGUUGAAGUGUAUCAUAUCCUAAGGGCAAUGAAGUCAUUUAAAUUAUUGUUGUCUUUUUAAAAWUUCUUUGUUGAAUUUAAAUGUGUGCUAUCUACCAUAUAGACCUAUAAGGAACUUUCACUCAAUCAACAUCUUUGCUUCUAAAGUUUUAAUAUUUAUGUAUUUCCAUGUAUGUAUGUUUAGCUUGCAUAUUUACAGACUUGCCUGUUUGUCCUUUAAWAGAACAUAAUUCUGAAUAAAGGUGGAUGCUACUGA